AUGUCGAUUUUCACGAACAUCAAGAGACUUGAUCCUAAAAUCAAGCAGUUAGGAAUGAUUAGUAAUACCAAUGCAGAUAUGUCGUCAAACAAUCAAAACAUUAACAUCAAUGAAAACAUCAAAGCCGAAAAAAUCAUAACGAUCUCUUCCUCACAAGAAAGAUUUGAUGAUGAAUAUAGUGAUCCUGACAUAUACUCAGAUGAAAGUGAAGAAGAUUCUAACGAUCUAUUCCAAAAAUUAGAUCAAGAAAACUUAGAUAAACCACUUCAACUUGCAUCAUCUGCUUCUGCGAUAUUUGCACAAGCAUACGAAGAUGAACAGACAAUACCGAUAUCUAAACAAUCGAUAUUAAAAAUUCAAACCGCAUUAACGCCAAAAUAUAGAGAAGUAACAGUUAGAUGGCUAAUCCAGCUUAACUACCACUUCAAACUUACAAGUGACACAUUAUACUCUGCUGUUACCUAUUUCGAUAUUUAUAUUUCACUUAGGAACAUUGAGUUAAAUGAAUUACAACUCUACGCUGUAGUUUGCUACUGGAUUUCUGCCAAAAUAGAUAAUAGAUGUCAGCCACCUAUCGCCGAAUUUAACAAAAUCACAAAUGAAAAUUUCACCUUAGAACAAUUUUCUCGUGCUGAAGUUAAUAUUGUUACAGCACUCAACUUUACACUCAACUUCCCAACUUCUAAAUUCUUUAUGAGGCGCUUUUUGCUCCUCACUAGAAAUGAUUCAAACUUAAUUGAGAUAACUAACUUUUUCACAGAAAUUGCCUUACAAAAAUGGGAAUUUAUUGAAAUACCACCUUCACUAUGUGCUAUUUCUGCAAUUGCUUGCGCAGCAUCAGCACUUGGAUAUUCACAAGACGCAAAAUCAGUUAUUCAUUUAGCACGCUAUAAUGAUUAUGAGUUGCUUUUGAAUUGUGCACAGACCAUGCUUAAGAUUGGUAAAGAAACAACCAUUAAGCAGAAAGAAAGAGGAAAGGAAAUCGCAAUGUUUUCUUCUUUAGACUUUGAUGUUGAUAUCUCAAAGAAUUUCUAA